CCUGGCAUCUCGCUUACCUACCUAGGUAAAAGAAGAAGAAUAUGAGAUUAAUAGUCUUCGGUUCUGAUGGCAUAUAUUGAAUAUAUUUAAUAAGUGUUAGGCGACAUUCAUUCUUUCUCUUACCGCAACAAUUCCUUUCAAGUGAAGUAAGACCAUUCUUUAAGCAACAAUAUUUCAAACUUCACAUGCGGUUACCUUCAUUAAUUAUACCAUCAUAAAGAUUCCGACUCUAACCGGGGUUCGAGUCCUUACUCCCCCCCAAAUCUCAAGCAAGAUGGCCUUUGACGACGAAGAUCCCACUCUAUCGUCGGUUUUACCACCCACUACUGGGGACCAAGGAGCAGAUGAGACGCCGUCGCUUGAAGAUGCCCUUGCGGAUGAGAUGCAGGAUUUCCGGCUGUUCGCCUCACUCUUCGAUAAGAAGCAAGCCGGAGGUAAGACGUUACGCCGCGGCGAGAAGGAUUUCGAGUCGCAUGGCACACGCGCGCAACAGAGCGCCUUGGACGCCAGUCGCGAUGCUAUGCACGAGGUCCUGAGCUACACCCGCUCUCAUAAGCCCAAGGAUCACACUCGCGCUUGGUACUUCCCGGAUAAAUGGGUUGAUGCGCCUCCCACGGAGGAGACGGAGGGAGAGAAGGGCGCGGGGUUGUUUGCUAGAGAGCGUGUGGUGGUCGUGGAAAAUGAGAUAAAGGGGCCCCUUGGCCAGAACACUGGCCGAGUUGUCACUGGUCUCGAGGGGUAUAAGCAGACGCCGGGGUGGCUUAAGACGUGGUUAUUACCGGAGGAAGCUUUAUAUCUGGUCGAACGUGGCUCGUUGGAUCUCUGGUGGCCGGCACGAGGUAUCGAGGAUAUCCUGCCGGUAAAGCAAGACGGAGCGAAUGAGAACGAUGACGAACUUGGCAGAAAGUUUGAGGACUACGAGCUCGGAAUCCCGCUUAGUUUCCAGGCAGCAUACGCACUUCUUAUCGGCCAGGACGGCGAGAGAGGCAAGGUUAGCCUCGAGAAGUAUCAGGUCUACGCUAACCUCCGGAGAACCGGAUAUAAAAUCAUGAGAGCGACUUCAAUACCGUUACCACCGCCAAUCUCCGCCAAACCUUCAUCCCAGGCUCUAUGGCAGUGGUUAUUCUCUUUAUUCUCCGUAUCAUCGCAAACACACACGCCGUCCUACGGACCCCUCGUCAAGCCAGGCCUCUACCGUUCCUACAACCCAAUCUUCACACAGCUCUCCCUACUCCCGCGACACACACCUACCCCCAACCCCCAAGCUUCCACCCCACCGCCGGAAGAGCCGUUCCGGAUCCACUUCCACGUGUGGAAGAGUAGUACCGCGUUCCCCAAGACCAAGCCCCCCUCUCCCGACUUCCGAAUCGCAGUCGCAGACGCGCGCAGCUCGUCCGUACCAACUCUCGAGCAGCUGACGGCGCUCCUGGAGCACUGCACACCGUGGGAUCCGCCCGAUGUGAAAGACGGCAAGGAUGGAGUGGGAGCGGGGGCUAUGUAUCGCCGUCUUAAGCACGCGUGGCGCAACGCGAUUAUCGCGGUCGUGGAUCGCGGGCUCAUUAGCUACGUCCGGUUUGGCGAGAUGGCGUUUGGAGAGGAGAAGUUGUACGAGAAUGUUGGUGGGGGCAGGGGGGCUAAGGGGAAGAGAGGCGGCAGAGGCGGGAGAGGAGGACGAGGCAGGGGGAGGGGGAGAGGACGGGGCGGAUGAGUUUAUGUCUGGGUUAUGUCGUCGCCGAUGUCUGCGACAUUGACAUCAUCCUACUUGUUGAAUUGACUGAACGGGCGAGUACCCAAUUCAAUCUAUAAGCUCGAUGGAUACUCAACUGUAUACGAAAACACAAAUUACCAAUUGUACCUAUAUGCGCCGAUUCUCUUGGUGUUUAACGAGUAGUCAGUCACGCUGAAUAUAUGAUGAUCAUUAAUUUCCACUUCUCGUAUCUGGUCCUGCUGUGUAUGUCGAUGAUCAACUAGCGAAGCCUAUCUACAUACGUAGCCUAAUAUAUUGCUA